CCGCUCGCACCGACCGACCGGUCCCCGACAGAGCAGCUCUCUCCUCGAGCCGCUCUUUCUUUCUUACUCUCUCUCUGUCCUCCUGCAUAUACAUUAUUCGGUACCGUGUACAGAUGUAGACGGUAACCGGAGCUCACAGUGGGAGACUCUGUUGUCACGUUUGCGCCAUGGAGGACUGCUCUUCUCCGGAAACCGAAAGGAUGGAAGCGUGGCUGGACGACCACUUGGAGUUCACCCAUUCCUACUUUAUCAGGAAGGCGUCAAGGGAAAUGGUGAAUGCCUGGUUUGCUGAACGCGUCCACACCAUCCAGCAAUCUGCCUCCAAAGAAAAUCCUCAACAGCAACGGGCUCACCAGUCCUCCUCAGACUCAGGCCCCCCCUCUGCCUCCACCAUCUCCCCACCUACCCUCAACCUACUGGACAACCGUUGCCCAUCCCCGGCCACAGUCCCCAGCCCAGCUCCCGGCACCCCAACUCGCAAAAUCUCAGCAUCCGAGUUCGACCGCCCACUCAGACCCAUUGUGGUUAAAGACUCUGAAGGCUCUCUGACGUUUCUGAGCGACGCUGACCGUGAAACUGUCCCCCUACGGGGCUCAGUGAUGGGUGAAGGUGGUAUUGGUGGGGGAGGUAAUGGAGGUGGAUGCAGCGGGGCAGGUAGUGGAGGCAGGGGUGACCGCUGCGCCAGGCUGCUGGAGCUGGUGAAAGAUGUGUCGAGUCAUCUGGAUGUGACAGCGCUCUGCCAUAAGAUCUUUCUCCACAUCAAUGAGCUGAUCUCUGCAGACCGCUACUCACUGUUCCUGGUGGGCGAGGACAGCUCCAACAGGAAGUUCUUGGUCAGCCGCCUGUUUGACGUGGCGGAGGGAUCCACGCUGGAGGAGUCCUCCAGUAGUUGCAUCCGGCUGGAGUGGAACAAGGGCAUUGUGGGACAUGUAGCUGCCACAGGACAGCCACUCAAUAUCAAGAAUGCUUAUGAGGACCCCAGAUUCAAUGCUGAGGUGGACCAGAUCACAGGUUACAAAACCCAGAGUAUUCUUUGCCUUCCUAUCAAGAACCACAGAGACGAGGUAGUUGGAGUGGCUCAGGCUAUCAACAAAAAUGGGGAGGAUGGUGCCUUCACUGAACAGGAUGAAAAUGACUUCUCAGCCUAUUUGGCCUUUUCAGGCAUUGUCCUACACAAUGCUCAGCUGUAUGAGACAUCGCAGCUAGAAAACAGACGUAAUCAGGUAUUGCUGGACCUGGCCAGUCUAAUCUUUGAGGAGCAGCAGAGUCUGGAGGUUUUACUGAGGAAGAUCGCAGGAACCAUCCUGUCCUUCAUGCAGGCCCGGGCUUGUACCGUCUUCAUCGCUGACGACGACUCCAUGAACUCCUUCUCCAGUGUCUUUCACAUGGAAUACGAGGAGCUAGGUGAACUCCUAGAAGCCCCGAAAAGGGACUGUGAUGCCAGUCAGAUUAACUACAUGUACGCCCAGUAUGUUAAAAACACCAUGCAGCCUCUCAACAUUGCAGACAUCACAAAGGACCAACGCUUCCCCUGGACAAGUGAAAGCCCAGAUCACACCAGCCACCAGAUAAAGAGUUUGCUCUGCACUCCCAUCAGGAAUGGCAAGAAGGACAAAGUCAUAGGUGUAUGUCAGCUGGUGAAUAAGAUGGAUGAAGUAUCAGGUAGUAUGAAGGUGUUCAACAGGAAUGAUGAGCAGUUCCUGGAGGCAUUUGCCAUCUUUUGUGGCCUCGGCAUCCAGAACACACAGAUGUACGAAACAGUUGAGAGAGCCAUGGCCAAGCAAGAGGUCACACUGGAGGUCUUGUCGUAUCACGCCUCUGCCGCAGACGAAGAAUCGCGGGAACUCCAGGUAACCGCGGUAGCCACAGUGCCGUCAGCCCAGUCUCUGCGUCUUCUGGACUUCAGCUUUAGUGACUUUGACUUGUCAGACACUGAAACUACGCUGGCUACUAUUCGCAUGUUUGUCGACCUCAACCUGGUCCAGAACUUCCAGAUGAAGUACACGAAUUUAUGCCAGUGGGUUCUGAGUGUGAAGAAGAACUACAGGAAGAAUGUGGCUUAUCACAACUGGAGACACGCCUUCAACACCGCACAGAGCAUGUUCUCCCUCCUCAAGUCAGGGCGCUUACAGAAUAACCUUAGCGAUCUGGAGAUCUUGGCUCUGAUGAUUGCAACUCUCUGCCACGAUCUGGACCACAGAGGAGUCAACAACUCCUACAUACAGAGGAGCGACCACCCACUGGCCCAGCUCUACUGCCACUCCACCAUGGAGCAUCACCACUUUGACCAGUGCCUCAUGAUCCUCAACAGCUCUGGAAACCAGAUCCUGAGCGGUCUCUCCCUAGACGAGUACAGGGCCACUCUGAAGAUGAUCGAGAGGGCUAUUCUGGCCACUGACCUGGCCCUGUACAUGAAGAGGCGUGGCGAGUUCUUUGAGCUCACCAAGAACAGCCAGUUUGUUUGGGAGGAUGAACAUCACAGAGACUUGCUGAGGUGAGUACCAAUCUUCCCAAACUCACAUGCUAACUUCGUGACUCAAAACAAAUCUAAUGAAAAAGUCACUAUUUUGGCAACAUUGCAUACUAUAACAGAGCCAGGCUAGCUGUUUCAAUUCAAUUCAAUUCAAUUCAAUUUUAUUUAUAAAGCCCAGUAUCACAAAUAACAAUUUGCCUCACAGGGCUUUAUAGCAUACGACAUCCCUCUGUCCUUAGGACCCUCACAGCGGAUAAGGAAAAACUCCUCCCCCAAAAAAUGGUAGAAACCUCAGGAAGAGCAACUGAGGAGGUAUCCCUCUUCCAGGAUGGACAGAAUUGCAAUAGAUGUCAUACAGAACAGAUCAACAUAAUAAAUUAACAGUAAUCUGUAUACAAAAUGAUACAUGAAGAGA